AUGUGGGAGCAUCUUUACGGCUGGCUGCCCAAACUUCUUGACCUCUCCCUACAGUCUGCUGUGUCUGCCGCCAUCUGCUCGCGGCCCGACACUGUGGUGAAUCUCUCCUGUCCAGCGCCGCCGCCAGCUCAGGUCGAGCUGCACUGCCCCGAGGUGCACAUCCCGCCUGUCCAGGUGGAGUGCGUGGCGAGCGGCCCGGGCCUCAUCGGGUACCUGGCGUACGGCAUCGCAGUGAUUGGUGUCUUCGUCGCGGGCUGGGUCUGUGGGGCUCCCCUCGCGGUACCGACCUGGGUGUGCGCUAGAAGACGUGCUGCUCGACCCGAGCCGGAGCCCCCAGUGCCUGUGACACCAGUCCCCGAACACGACUUGCAGCGCCUCGCCCAGCAGCAGCUGGCUUUGAUCCAGGCGCGUCGGCAUGACGAGAGCAGAGGAUCGUGCUGGCGGUCCACCACCGACGCGGGCAAUUAUUUCAUGCUCACGCCCGAUGGUGAUGCGUACGUGGAGGACUGCUCCCCCGCCUCAGCGGACGUUGAGAGGAUCUGUGGGACGGUGGGCCUUGGGGGUACACUCCAUGGUCUUCAGGGGGCCAACAUCUACCGCUUCAGGGGGCCCCCCGCCGUCGAGGAGCUGCGGCAGCACUUCAUCGAUGCGGCCUUGGCGCUCGGAUGCCAGCCCCCGCGGACGGUCUCCGGGUGCGACGUGUCGGAGGUGAUGACAUUGUUCUUCGAGCUGGACCUCCACCGCCACAGGGGCCCGCCGACCCCCGGCGCCCUGGCCAGGGACGUUGAGGACCUGCCGACGGGCACGGAGAUGGAGCUGCCGGCCGACACCAUCUCGGCGGGGGAUCGGGCCAUCAUGCCGCAGCUCACGCGCCCAGAGGUGUAUCGAUUCACGUAUGACGAUCUUCGAGUUCAGCUUGUGUUUUUCGAUGCAGGCGGGUCGCGGCGUGUCGGUUUCAGUGAGGGCGUGCAGAGGCAGGAUGACACCCUGCCCGCCGGGGGCCUCGACUUGCAGGGCCCUCGUGCGGCCGCCUGGUUAUGCUGGCACAUCGCGGAAAACGGCCCGACCCCCCAGGCGGCGCACGAGGCCUGGAUCAGCAAGGCCAAGCUGCACGAGGGAGACUGGGCCAUCCACGAGCAUUUCGUCCUGUCGCAGGUGCUCGCCGCCGCGGUCUGCCACGAUCAGCUCGACAUACCAGCGCUGAAGUGCAUGGAGCCCACCAUCAGGAGGCUCCAGUUGAUCAAGUCAGCCUACGCGCAGUCGGCCUCUGCACCCGACUUUUCGGGGUUGGCGGCGCACAUGGCUACCAAGUUCAGGGGCGAGGCCGCCGUCCUCAAGGAGUCUCGGAAGGCUGCCGAGGAGCGGCGCACCAAGCAGGGCAAGGGAGCUGCGGGAGCCUCGCCUCCGCGGCUGAUGGGCGUCAUCGACAAUUCUGGAAGAGGCGUAAUCGACGGCCACGCCACCGCGAUGCUCCGCUCGCCCGUCGAGAUGGGAGCCAUCAUGGACCAGCUGGCAUGCAUUGAGCCCUACAUGGGCGUGAGGCCCAAGCGGGAUCGGUUUCUGUACUACCAGUUCGUCCGCGACCUGUUCGAGUCUAACCUCGUGGGCCAGGGGCCCGCCGCUGAGAAGCGGGCGGCGGCCGUCCAGCCGACCCUGGUGCUGGAGGUCGGGGAGCCGAUGCCGGGCAGGCCGGAGAGCCCGAUGGAGAUCAGCCCGCUGGAGAUUAGCAGCCACGCGGCCACCACUCCAAAGGCGUUCUGCAGGAGCUCAGAGCGGCGCCGAGAACUUCUUGCGCCACCAGGCCUUGACUGCCUUGAGAUGCCCGUCUUGAACCGCAGGACAUGCCGUCGGAGUGAAGAGCGGCCCGAGAAAACCGAUGGUAAUGGACCCCCGCCUUUUGGCGUCAUGCCCGACCCCUUCGACGACUUGCAGGAGAUGCUCCUGUCGAACUGA